AUAAUAAAUGUAUGCAGCAACCGACUUUAAUACCUUAAUUAAAUCUCCCCACCUGUCCUCCACACCCUCUCAUAAAUGCAUCCAUACAUUCAUUCCACUAAGAUAUUUAAAUAUUUAUUCAUCCCUCUAUAUCUAUAUAUCUAUAUCUAUAUCUAUAUCAUAUUCUUCCUCAACCAAAAACAAAAAAACAAAAUGAAACCUAUGACCACUUUUCUCUUGUUCACUACUCUUAUUAUUCUCAUAGCUUCACCUUCUUUUGCAACCCGAUCCGUUUCAUCUGGAUCUUCUCCUUCUUCUCCUUCAACUCAACCCAAAAACCCUAACCCUAAAGACAAAAACAACAACAAUAACAAUAACAACAACAACCAAGGUGGUGGAAUACCAGGUGGUGUUUUUGGGCCAGGAGGAGGGUUCAACAUUCCAGGUUUUGGAAACGGGUUUGGUAACGGUUUUGGAGGCGGAUAUGGAUCCGGGUAUGGAGGUCCGAAUGGAGGACACUCUAAAAACGGUAUAAUAAGACCUUCUGUUACCUGCACUGAGAAAGGUCCAUGUUACCAGAAAAAGUUGACAUGUCCAGCUAAGUGUUUCACUUCUUACAGCCACUCCGGGAAGGGGUACGGUGGUGGUGGCGGUGGUGGUGGUUGUACUAUUGAUUGUAAGAAGAAGUGUAGUGCUUAUUGUUGAGUAAAGUGCAUUUAUUAUAAAUGUAUUGUAAGAGUUGUUGUUUCUAGUACUAUAUAGUACUAGAAUAUUAUUAUGUGUAUGCAACAACUUAUAGUGUAUGGUUUUGAAUUUUGAUCAUAGUUUUGGAUAAAAUAAAUAGAAAGUAGAUGAAUUUUCUUUGGAGCUUAUGUGCUUUUGAUUAUGUCUACUUCUAUGGAUAUCUUAUGGAGUGUAUUUUUGCUUGAUAUAUAUAAAGAGAAUAUUAUAUAGUUUA